AUGGGCGGCCGAUUCAACUGUGCUACACGGAAUUGCAAUGAGCCCAUUAUUCUGGAGUACUUGUUGACCUAUGGCGCAUUUGUCGAUAAUAUGAGCAUGAAAGGGGUUACUCCUCCUAUGCACGCUGCGCGAACCGAUCAUGUCAGAUUUGCUAAUAUCAAUGUCACUUCCAUCACAGACCAGAUGUUUUUAACACCCACAAUCACCUACAACAACCAUGAAGUCCUCGAACUCCUUCUCGAUCGCUAUACAAUUCAGCACAUGCCAAAAGCCCUCAUCUUAUAG